GGAGGGAAGUCGGGUAGCAGGCGGAAGAGGCGCCGUCUGAGGGGAGGAGGGAGGAGGCGGAGAGCGGAGCGGAGCGAGCGUCGAGCCGCGGGGAGAUGAGUUUGGCUGUCCGCGGCUGAGGCCCCGGCCGGGCCUGGGGACCUGGGAGCGCGGGCCGGAGCGACACCCGUGGAAGUGGGAGGAGGAGGCGUCGGGACUUUAACCCCCUGUGCGCUCCGCGGCGGGGGACUUAACCCUUUGUGGCCUCGGCCCUCGGCGCGGCGUCAUCGGUGGCGUUAACCCCUUCGGCGCCGGGUCCUGCCGUCGGGCCGACCUCGCCUGUGGCUACCGCCGCCUCGCAGGGCCCGGCGCGACGCCCACGUCCGCGAGCGACCCGGCGCUGCCCGGCUCCGCGCCGCUUAACCCCUUCCCGGCGGGAGCGCCCGGGGCGCCGCUGGAGUUGGCCGGAGGACAGCUUUGCGGGACGCUGUGUGAAAGGACGGGACCAGCCUCUCCCCCGUAGGCCCCGGGCCCGUGCGCGCCCCGCCUCUCGAGGAGACGCCGCCGGUCAUGGCCGAGCUUCUGCCGUCGGAACUGCCGCCCGCGGGCAACCCUGGGGCAGGUGCGGGCGACCCGGGUCCCGCGCGUCCCCCCGCCGCGCCCGAGGGCGACGGCAGGUGGCGCUCGCGGGCCUCGCCCCCGGGGGGUGCGGGGAGCCCGGCCCCCCAGCAGGACGCGGGCGAUGGCGGCCCGUCGGGCCCGGGCGGCGGCGACGAACGUAGCCCCGAGCUGCCCGCGCCCCCGGGCCCGGACGCCGAGGCCCCCAGGACAGCGUGGGGCUCGCAGCAGCGGCAGCUGGGUAAGAAGAAGCACCGGCGGCGGCCGUCCAAGAAGAAGCGGCACUGGAAGCCGUACUACAAGCUGAGCUGGGAGGAGAAGCGCAAGUUCGACGAGCGGCAGAGCCUGCGCGCCUCGCGCGUGCGGGCCGAGAUGUUCGCCAAGGGCCAGCCCGUCGCACCCUACAACACCACGCAGUUCCUCAUGGACGACCACGACCAGGAGGAGCCCGACCUCAAGACCGGCCUCUGCCCGCGCCGCGCCGCCAAGUCCGACAGCAGCGAGGAGGACUUCAUGGAGGAGGCGGGCGAGGAGGACGGCGGCAGCGACGGCAUGGGCGGCGACGGCGGCGAGUUCCUGCAGCGGGACUUCUCGGAGACGUACGAGCGCUACCACGCGGAGAGCUUGCAGAACAUGAGCAAGCAGGAGCUCAUCCGCGAGUACCUGGAGCUGGAGAAGUGCCUGUCGCGCAUGGAGGACGAGAACAACCGGCUGCGGCUGGAGAGCCGGCGGCCGGGCGGCGACGAGGCGCGCGUUCGGGAGCUGGAGCUGGAGCUGGACCGGCUGCGCGCAGAGAACCUGCAGCUGCUGCGCCAGAGCGAGCGGCCCCGCGCGCCCGAGCAGGACUAGGGUGCGGGGUGGGGACCGGGGCCGCGCGCAGUCGGAGGGGACCCGGCGCGGGCGGGCCGGCCGGCCGGCCGACCUCGCAGUGAUGUCGCUUACAUGCUUUCUCCUGUUCUUUAAUUAUGUGAAACUGAAGGGUUGCUUUUUCUGUUUUCCUUUUAGGAAGCCUUUUUUUUUUUUUAAGUGUGUAAUUUGACCAAGUUAGAAUGCAUUUUUCUGUUUUAAAAAAUCCCCUCCUUAAACGGAGCUAUAAGGUGGCCAAAUCUGAGAACCAUUAAAUUCAUUCUAGUUGUAAUAAAUUUAAUAUUUGUAAAUGUAA